GGGCUAAGCGCGGCUUCCGGCGGAAACCUGGAAUCGAGCCGAAAAUGAAGUUCCUAAGUUGCUGUAGUGCCGCUCCUCAUUCUUGUGUCCCGGGUCCAAAUUUAGGUUUUCAUGCUCAACUCUAACAAGGUCCUGAGACCCCACGCUACCUUCCACAUUCCAGUUUCGGCAGCAAGUUACUGCAGAACCUGAAGCCAGGGAAGGAACUUGUUUCCGGCCUCACCUCCCACACUCUCCUGCCCUUCCCCGGGCCGCGUCUGCCUCCCUGACCAUGGCCCAGAAGCCGAAGGUAGACCCCCACGUCGGGCGCCUGGGAUACCUGCAGGCACUGGUCACGGAAUUCCAGGAGACGGAGAGCCAAGACGCCAAAGAGCAAGUACUAGCCAACCUCGCCAACUUCGCCUAUGAUCCCAGUAACUACCCGUAUCUGCGGCAGCUGCAGGUCCUCGAUUUAUUCCUCGAUUCCCUGUCGGAGGAGAAUGAAACCCUGGUGGAGUUUGCAAUUGGAGGCCUCUGUAACCUGUGCCCAGACAGGGCCAACAAGGAGCACAUCCUGCAGACGGGGGGUAUCCCACUCAUCAUCAACUGCCUGUCCAGUCCCAACGAGGAGACCGUGCUAUCUGCUGUCACGACGAUCAUGUACCUGAGCUCACCAGGCUCUGGCUCCCACCCUGAGCUGACUGCUAUGCCCGUGGUCCAGUGCAUGCUGCGCUUCUCUCUCUCGGCCAACACAAGGCUCCGGAACCUGGCCCAGAUCUUCCUGGAAGACUUCUGUUCCCCAAGCCAGGUGGCAGAAGCCCGCACCUGGCGGGCUCACUCCGCCCUGGGUAUCCCACUGCCAAGGAGUGAGGCCCCACAGCAGCCGUGAUCCAGGGAGACCUCAUAGUCAUGACGCCCUGACUGCUAGAGAUGAGGCCACUAUCCUAGUUGGGACUCAGGGAGCAGGAGCAGCCUGGCUCCCACUGAGCAUGUUCUCCCCAAAAGGUGCCCUCUCGGCUAUUUUAAAGGUGAGUUUUCUGAGCGUGACAGGUAUUUACACUAUGGUUGAGAGGCAUUGAGAGAGGAGGCCAGACUUUGAGACACGUGGAGGAGAGCAAAGGCAAUGCCAUUUCCAUAGGUUGGCACUCAACCAGCUGGAGAUCAAGCUCCUGCCCCCACCCCCACACCCCACUGCCAGGCUCUCAACCUCAUGGGAGAAGCAGCUGGGACCCUGGAUUCAGAGGCUUUACAGAAGGGGCUUUUCCUGAGGAGCGCUGGGCCUGGGAUUAGAAUUGCUUGUGCUUGAGGAACAGAAAUGAGAAGCCAGCUUGGGGCUCUGGGAAGGUGUCAUGCCCAUUCCAGGGCGACAGAGGCUAGGUACCUGCAUUGCAAGCUCUCCAGGUGGGUCCUGGCUAUGGUUGACCCCAACCUGGAGAACUCUGUGGCCCCGGAUCAACAGUUUAUCCCCACAGUCUAUCUGCCAGACACCAUAGGGUUUCAAAGAUGAAGAUGUGGUCUAUACUUUUCUUUCUUUCUUUUUUUUUUUUUUAAUUUAUUUUAGAGAAAGAAUGGGCAAGAAUAGGGGGAAGAGCAGAGGAAGAGGGACAAUCAGACUCUGAACCCAGCAGAGAGCCUGAUGCAGGGGCCCUAUCCCACAACCCCGAAAUCACGACCAGAGCCAAAACCAAGAGCUGGACGCCCAACCAACCAAGCCACCCCAGCGCUCCUACUCUUUAGUGAUGCAGCCCAUUGACUGUUAAGGUAGCCAUCAGGCGGUAAGACCACAGUUCUGAGGGUAAGGACACGCCAGAAUACAGGCAAAAACCCUUGAAGCUGUGUACUCUUCUUCCCUCAGCGCUCCAUGGCCUCAGCCUGAAAGUCCUGGUCCUCCUCCUCUGCCGUCAGGGUUGGGUCAAUGAGGGGAGGCCCUGCCCUGGAAGUCUUAGACUCAGGAGGGCUUCAGAAAUGCAAGGGUGGUGCUCGAGGGGGACAGAGGUCCAAAUACUAACAGAAGUGUGUGGCUUGGAGUCCACAGUGUACGUUGGUCAGCACAGGGGAAAUGGUAUGGACCCCCAUGGAAAGUUGGGGUUCAGGAGCAAUGGGGAGCUUCCUACACUCCCUCAAGGUUGACCUCUAACCUGGUCAAGGAGAAGCAGAUGCAGGAGAGAUGGUGUCUGUGGUUGUGGAGGUGGGGCAGGUUCUGGAGCCACUGGACUAAGGACAUGAGGAGGGAGGAGAAAGCCUUCUAUCAGCCUUUCUCCGGCUGCCCCUCCUAGGGCUCCUGUCCCUUUACUUUCCCAAAUAAAGGGCCUUUAAAGAG